UCUAUUUGUUUCGACAGCCAUUUUAUUGCACGAACAAGCUUUACGUCGAUCGGUUGUCAAAUUUUUACUGAGUCGCAUCAGUUUUGAUUAUCUCAACAUUAUUAUUGUAAAUUGUUCUUACUCUUAGACUUUGUGCUUCAAGUUUGUUACAGGGCACAGCCUCAAUGUCUUACAGAGGUGACAGAGGUGACAGAGGUGACAGAGGUGACAGAGGAGGCCGGGGUCACGGGGGACCGACAGAUUGCAAGAUAUAUGUGGGCGAUUUAGGGAGCGGAGCGUCGAAGCAUGAUCUGGAGCAGGCGUUUGGCUAUUACGGGCCGCUGCGUAACGUCUGGGUGGCUCGCAAUCCUCCAGGGUUUGCCUUCGUCGAGUUUGAGGACCUCAGGGAUGCAGAGGAUGCCGUCAGGGGUCUGGAUGGACGGUCCCUGUGCGGGUCUCGCAUACGGGUGGAGUCGUCAACAGGACGAAGCCGCAGUAGGUUCCGGGGGCCACCACCGAGCGGCCGCGCCUUCAACGCGGACGAUCGCUGCUACGAGUGUGGACAAAGGGGACACUACGCCUAUGACUGCUCGCGCCGACGCAUGGGAGGCGGAAGCGGCGGCAGAGGCGGCGGCAGCGGCGGCGGCAGCGGCGGGAGGCGACGCUCUCGUUCUGCGUCGAGGGACCGGAGAAGCCGCAGCAGGAGUAGGAGUCGCAGCAGGAGCCGCAGCAGGAGCAGGAGCGGUGACCGGCGUUCCCGCAGCCGCAGCCGCGGACACAGCAAACGCUCGGCGAGCCGCAGCCGCAGCAGGAGUGACACACCGCGUCGCUCACGCUCGGCAUCCGCACCGAGGAACGGCGUGAAGACUUAGAGGCGAGAGGAGACAUGCCCCUAACCCUUUGUUGGCAUGCGAGGAGGUUGAGGAUUGCUGGAGAAACAGCAGGCAGCCGUGCUAGACCAUACCCUUUGACCAUGGUACUAGGAUUGUGCGGCAGGGGCAUGGGGGAGACCACCAAAGAUUGGAGGUUUCUAUGAUUGAAGAUUGCUGCUGGAAUUAUAGACGGGCGAGCGAACGUCACGCGCGUGGUUAGAACGUCGGUUGGGAUUUGUAAUCGGGAGUAGAUUUGUUUGUCUUUGGCUGUUGGCGAGAGGGGAGUCAGCGAGGUUCCUAGAUGAGGGAAGUCUCGCGUCGUAUCGCAGAAUCACGGUCGCCAUCGGUCGCCACUAGGUGGCGCUCGUAUUGCGUCAGGGCACCACAUUGUCGCUAGCCUGCGCCGGGGAGUGUCGGAGGCCGACCGUUUAUUUUUUCAUUUGCUUGUUCAUUCGUUCGUUCAUUCGAUUCACUGCGCGACGAAUGCCAUUGCGCGCAAGAGGAUGUGAGGUUGCCACGACGAUGAGGAUGUCCUCCUCUGUGUCCUGCAGUCGCUGUUUUAACACAGCGUCAACGAUUUUAUUGUUUCGGACGUUUAGAUUUCAAGUUGGGUGUGGCCGUGUAUCUGGGACACGUGUAGGAGGAAGCCAGUAGGUGGCGCUAGUGCUCCACGAAGCAUUAAUUUGCCGUGUCUCAAGAGUACUUUUUAUAUUUUAAAUGUGUUUGUCUUGGCACCUCCUGUAAAUUGUAUUUUUCAAAGAUCGGGUUUGAUGGUUCUUAUAUUAUGACCGUAUAAAUUUCACAAUCCUAACAUAUAGUCUGUGUAAAUAUAGUGAAAUAAAGAAUGAAUAAAUUCACAAGUUUCCAUGUUUAUCUAGCAGAAAUGUUGUCGCAGAUAUCAAUGUUGCCAUUAUGCAUUAUGUGUACUGUGUAAUAAUAGUUCUUAUUCAAAUGUCAAUAAAAUAAAAAUUUCUUGUAUGAAUA